GGCAAUUUGUUAUUUUUACUGCUUGAUUUAAAGUUCAUUCAAGGACAAUUACCAACUGAAAACGACCAAACAUUUCCUGAAAAUAUUAACCCGACACCAGAAAUUGUAAUAGCUGCAUUAGGGGUUCAGAAAAAGUUCGAUAACGCUACCUGCCCGCCGUUUAACAAGCUAACAUGCCAGACUGGCUCAGUGUGUUUGCGGUCAUCAGCCUGUUUUUAAGUCUUGUAACAGUAGCUGGUUAUAUUUUGUACUCGGGACUCUUCGCAGACAUCACCGUAAUGACUGGUUCUCCUCCCAUAAGGAAGAUUACAUUCGCCUACAAGUUCAAAGAAGGACCGUACAAAAACUGCGGACAAGUUUUUAAGGAGUCUCACAGUAUUGGACCAAAGCUGCCAUGUAUCGGAAUAUUUUACGACGACCCCCAAAAGGUGCCCGAGCCACAAUGCCGCUGCGCUGUCGGCAGUAUUCUGAGCGAGGGAGAAAACAAGGCAGACGAGGAGCUUUUAAAUAGCUAUGAGACAUCUGGCUUUAAUGUCUUUUCCUUUCCCGAAGUCACACACGUGGUCACUACCUCGUUCCCUCACACGACGUAUUUCUCAAUCCUCCUGGGAAUAAGAAGAGUUUACCCACGGCUGGGUCACUACAUCAAGGAAAGGAAGCUGUGUGCACACCCGUUCCUAGAGAUCUACAGAGAGGGUCAGAUCCAGUUCAUGGCCCCUUUGGCUCGGCAGGGAGAUUUCUACGUGCCUGAAGCCCGACAGGCCGAAAGGAAGAUGUCAGGACAAGAGGAACUGCACAGUGACUCAGAAGUUUCAGGUGCAGACUCAAACAGCGAAUACAGCUCGGGGAGUGGGGUUCUCCUGUCGGACAGCAGAGAGACGUCCCUGGCGGCGUCCUCAGCCCGCUCUGUGCCUCUCCAGGAUCAAGGGGAGAGGGACUACAGAGGGAGAAACUCCAGGGGGAACUCGUUUAAAGAGCUGGACUGGGAGCAGACUGGUGGACAGCAGGCAGUAAAGGAAGAGUGGCAUCAUGGAGACCCCCACCAGAAGAGCCUGGAGGCUCCCAGUCAGGAGUGGUGGGGAGCUGUUGGAGGAGAGGAGUAAAAGUUCAGUAAGGGAUAUUAGAUGAGGAUGAGAGAGUGAAGGAUUGAAACUUGAGAGGUUUGGAAGUACAAAUUAUGAAAGCGUGUCCAAAUAGGUAAAUAUCAAAGGAAUAGACAUGUGAUAUUCCACAUUUUUACUAUUGUGAACAAAUCCAGCCCAGUCACCACAAGAAAUGUUGGCAUUGUAUUUUGUUGGCAGUGGGCUUAGCGAAGGGUCAAUCGUGCCACCAAAACAGGGUGUUUUUUAGUGAGACAUGGGCGGCAUUUCCAGCUGUGAUUUUGUUAUCAAAACUGGAUACUUUAAUCCAAAACAUGAUCUUUUCCUGACUAUAACUAAGCGGUUUCUUUGCCUAAACAUAAUCACAUAUUAACCACAAACAUUUCUGUUUCAACAUAUCUGCUACAGAAAAACAUACAAAUUAGCUGUCAAAUGAUUAAAUUCUUUAAAUCAUGAUUAAUCGCAGAAUUUCAAUGUUUAACCAUGAUGAAUCACGUUUUUCAAUCAAAUGUUUCAAUUACAGUAUUUUGUAUUUCAAAACAGUUAUGAAGUCCACAUUGACAAGGUAAAGCAAUUCUUACCAGAUUGUUUUGAAUUGGAAUCAAAUGACAGACUCAUGGUAACCCACACAACCCAUUUUCACUCAGAAGGACCCCUGUGAAAUGGCCAUGCUGUCUUUUUUAACGCUAAAAUUUAGUGUGAUUUUGGAGCGUUAUUCGGCACCCUUCCCUAAAAGCUACUGUGACACCAGUAUGAUACCACUGGAUUCCUCGGGAUUUAUAGUUUUAUAUGAUAUCAGUACCAUCACUCUAGCUUUAAAACUCAUUCUGGACUCGUAUUAGGAUUAACGCAUUAAUGCUGACAGUCCUGAUACAAAUGUGUUAGCUUUGCUGAAACAUACAUUGCUAACAUUUAUUCUGGCGACUGGGUUGACAAAUCCAACGAAAAGACCAAAAGUGACAAUGUACCAGUCUUUCCUACCCUGAAAGCCAAUUCUCUCCUAUAGGAGAAUUUUUACAAACAGGUUAUGAAUCCUUAAAUAAUUUGGCACUGUAGUUUUUAAACAAAUGUUUCUCGAACAGGAGCAAAUAGUGCAUUUGUUUGAGAACUACUUUUAGCUGCGUAUUAACCCACAUUUUGUGCCCUAGUGAUUAAAAACAGUAGCAGGAAGGUGUAAGUAAACUGUUUAUUUAGAGCUGAUCCUGCAUACACCAGUGAACAUACUGUAAACUACAAUACCCAUAUUCAUUGUAAUGAAGGAAUUAUAUGUUUGUAAUAGUUAUUGGACAACAAGGGAGAUCUAUGGUACAAAGAAAUAUCAAACUUUGGCUACAAAGGCAAUGCAUUCUUUAGAAGGAUCAAUAUGUUGCUAAUUUUGGCCUUUUUAGUGGAUUUGUUGACAAUAAGAAGAACAAAGACAGUAACCUGACUUAUUUUCUACUUUUUCUAUCACAACUUUAUAUUUUUUGUAAAUAUUAAAAUCUGCUAGAUGUUGCUGACAGAAAUCAAACCACUUGAAAUUUGCAGAACGUAUUCAGGUAGCCUGAGUUGCUUGAAACAUUUUUACAUGUGUUGUGAUAUUUUUCAAAAUGAUACAACAUAAUUGCACUGAGUAUUUGUUAGAAAAAAAGAAGCUUGAAAUUUUAUUUUGCUAGAAUGAAUCUUGCAUUUCCAACAAGAUUUUUGUUUUUCAAAGGAUAGUUUCACAAACAUGCGAAACAUACAACGAUACUUAUUCACUUGUUUACAAAGUUCCGUAAUUCCCUUAGUUAUUAACUGAAAUAAGGCAUUGAAAUUAUUACAAGCACAUAGACCUUACAAAUUGAUCUGUACUGUUUUUUAAGAUUUUCUUGUGUUUGAAUAUUUCUGCACCUUGUUGUAAGUGUUAUGUGUAUUUUCACCUGGCUGUGUGUUUGCGUGGCUGUGCUGGUGAUGCAUGUGUUUUGAUAUUAAAUUUAAUUUAUUUCCAAAGA